UGCAAAUAAAUUGUCUAGCGAAUGCAGUUGAAUAGUUCAACAUUGUUAGUUCGAAGUCUGCGUUCCACGCGUGUUUCAGAUAAACGUCACCAGAACGUGCUUCCACCGCUAAAUUUCCAUCAAAUUGACCGACAAAUCAGUAGAGGAAGUCAGUACGUGAUGCUCCUACCGGAACAACCCCAUUUCGGUAAAUAGCAACACAAGCAUUCAAAAAUGUUAUAAAUACAACCGCCACUCCCUCAAUUUCCUUUAGUUUUUAUAAAUCAGGUCUUGCAGGUCAGGAAUCCGUACAUGAUGCAGCUCAACAUCGCGUCUGCGAUCUUGACGCUCUUCCUCACAAGUGCAACCUGCAGUAGACACAAAAUAGUGGAGAAAAGCCUCUCCAGAACCGGAACCGAAUGCCGUCAGUAUGACCCUCCUUGGGACUGCAUGGCCCGUUGCCAAACGCUACUCACCCGUGACUGGACCGAUUCUGCCGGAAUGCAAUCACCGUAUGAUCGCUUCUUCCGGCCAGAUCCGAACGAUCGGUGCAACAUGAACCGUACGCAGCGGUGUUUGCAGGAUAAGCCGUCCACCAUACCUUACGGGAGAACGUGUGUACGAGCGAAUGAAUCUGUUCAGUGCUUCCUGAGUCAAUUUGGGGAGGUGAUCAUGGAUCAGCCUAAGUACGUGGCUCCAAGUCGGACGCAGGAAGAUGCUAUAUUUUUCGAAUGUGGAGCAAUGCUUGGGUUUUCGCGACAACGAGUUGCGGAAGUGUUGUACUAUGGACAGUUUUCAUUGCCGGAAGUGAGCUGUCUGGUACGGUGCUUCCUGAUCAGGUCGGGUCUGUACAGUGACAAUGAGGGUUUAACUUUGGAGCGGUUCUAUGUGGCUUGCGGAGGAUAUGACGAGGAGUUCUAUCGUAACGUGACACUGUGUAUAGCGAACGUGGAGUCUGCUGGUUUAUGUGACAAAUGUGCCAAGGCUCAACGGUUAGCACUGGAGUGCAUUGGCAAGCAGUAUCCUCUGCUGAUACCUCUUUCCACUACUAACAUUGAUUCUGAAAACAACGCUGGACGAGAUGUUAACAACUAUUACACAUCCAAUUUUAAUUUCUACAUUGGUGACACGAUAACUCAAGUUCUUGGCCCAGUACUGGCAGUUGGUUCAACUAUCGGUGGUUGAUGGAAA